CAGAAAGGCCACUACAAGCAUAUGAUUUUCUGAGGGGGAGGAGUAACAAGAGCAAAUAAAAGCAGCAAAAGAUCGAGUUCAACGUGGAAUGAAGACAGACUCUCUCAGCUAAAAGGAACAUGGGGAAUGGUAACAUCAGUUCAGCUGCAAAUCAAUCCUCUGGGCUGGAAGCAGCUUCCACACACAUACAAACAGCCUCCAUUGUCAUCUACUGUGUGAUUUUUAUAGUUGGAACUCUGGGCAAUGCUCUGGUUAUCUACGUGACGGGCUUCAAAAUGCAGAAAACAGUGGAGACAGUUUGGUUUCUCAACUUGGCCAUAGCUGAUUUUCUCUUCACAGCCUUCCUGGUUUUCUCAAUCAUUUCUCUCUCUCAGAGUCGCCGAUGGGCUUUUGGACAAUUCAUGUGCAAGCUCAACACCUUUGUGAGUGUAGUCAACAUGUUUGCCAGCAUCUUUACUCUGACAGCCAUGAGUUUGGAUCGUUAUUUGUCCACCUGGGUGGUGGUGUGGGCACACAACAAGCGCACAGUCUGCAAAGCUCAGCUUGUAUGUGUUGGUAUCUGGCUUGUUGCUGCGGUCUGCAGCACUCCUUAUGUCACUUUUCGCACUGUUUCAGAAAGCAAUGGGAGUCAUUACUGCCACUACAAUUUUACAAGCAAGGAAUCAACAUGGAGUCUAUAUACUUUUCGCUUUCUUAUGGGCUUUGUGAUUCCAUUCCUGGUAAUACUUGUGACUUAUGUGGCCAUUGGCAUCCGGGCAAUGCGCAUGCCGAGAACAAGGCGACAGAGAUCUUGUCGAAUCAUUUUCGCCAUCAUUUUUACAUUCUUCAUCUGCUGGUUGCCCUUCCAUGUUUUCAACUUUAUAGAAUUAAAAGAUAACCCAGAUCUCAGGAACAUUGUUACAAUCGUGGGUCCUCUGACUGUGAGUCUGGCUUUUCUGAACAGCUGCCUGAACCCCAUCCUCUAUGUUUUCAUGUGUGAAGAAUUCAUGAAGAAGUUUCGGCAGUCCAUAUGUUUUGUACUUGAGAGUGCUCUGGCAGAGGACCACAUGUCAUUUAUGUCCACUCACUCCAUGUCAUUAACCUUGUUCAAGACUUUCCAAAAGUCAAACGCUGCUGCAACUUCAAACAGGACGGACACGGCUGAUUUGAAAUCCUUCACAGAAAGCAAAGUGAUCACCGAGGAGACACUGAACACUGACUAAGAUUUCAACAUCAGGCAAUGUAAACUGAAAUACAUUAUUUUUUAAGCAUAUCAAAACUGAGUUAAAUAGCACACUCAUGCACAGAACUGUGUUAAUAUGUUACUUCAUGUUAAAGCACAGAUUUACUUUUAACUGCUCUUACUAUUGCAGGGAGUAUCCCACAGUACUCUCUUCAAUGUAAGAAAGAAAAGUUACUACUUCUCUGAUCAGUCUUAGUACCAGAAAAACUAUGUGGAAGUGCUGCAGCUUUGGAUUGUAAUUGUUAAUUUAUAGAUUAAAAAAACAAUGUGA